AUGAAUCUCAACUUCACCUCUCCUCUACACCCAGCAUCUUCUCAGAGGCCCACAUCCUUCUUCAUCGAGGACAUCCUGUUGCACAAGCCGAAGCCGCUAAGGGAGGUGGCCCCAGAUCAUUUUGCCAGUUCUCUGGCAUCCCGGGUGCCUCUGCUAGACUAUGGCUACCCCCUCAUGCCCACACCCACUCUCCUGGCUCCUCACCCCCAUCAUCCUCUGCAUAAGGGAGACCACCAUCACCCUUAUUUCCUCACCACCUCAGGGGUGCCAGUCCCAGCCUUGUUCCCGCACCCCCAGCACACCGAGCUGCCAGGGAAGCACUGCCGCCGCCGCAAAGCUCGCACUGUGUUUUCCGACUCCCAACUCUCUGGUCUGGAGAAAAGAUUCGAGAUCCAGCGCUAUCUGUCCACGCCAGAGCGGGUGGAGCUGGCUACCGCUCUCAGCCUGUCUGAGACGCAGGUGAAAACGUGGUUCCAGAAUCGGCGGAUGAAGCAUAAAAAGCAACUGAGGAAAAGCCAAGACGAACCCAAAGGGCAGGAUGGGCCCGAGAGCCCUGAGGGUAGCCCCCGCGGUCCAGAGUCCGCACCCGCUGAGGCUCGGCUGGGCUUGCCUGCCGGCCCCUUCGUGCUAACCGAGCCCGAGGACGAGGUGGACAUUGGGGACGAGGGGGAGCUCGCCUCUGGGUCUCACGUGCUCUGA